AAAAAUCUUAUUGUAAAAUAUGGGUGGAUAAAUUUCAUAGGAUGAUGCUGGCUAUCUUGUCGAUAUUCCUGAAUUAAUUAAAAAAGAACAAACGAAUUAAAAAAUUAAUCCCAUUGCUGAUGAAUUUACAUUAAAUAAACCUAAAGGAUAGGAAAGAAAUAGUAAGUUAAAUUCACCUGUAAUUAUAAGAAAUAUAAUUUUAAGGGAAAAAUAGCAAGCUAAAUUAUUUUGAAUAAUGAAAAGCAAAAUAUAAUAUUGGGUUUAAAAUAGGUGCAAUCUUAAAAUAUCAGUGAUUAACCACCAGUUAUAACAACUGUUAGUAGUCACUUAUUGUCAUAAGAUUCUGAGAACAGUAAAUAAAUUAAAUAGAAUUAAAAUCUCGAAUUGAUAUAAUCUUAAAUAAAUCCAAAUAAUGCAACUUUACUUAAUGAUUCAAAGUUAAAUAUUCAAAAGCCGUAUCCAGAAUGGGCAUAAUAAAUGAUAAAUAAGUAUGGAAAAUAUGAAUGCCCAUAAAAACCUAAUUAUUAAGAAAACCAAAUUUAUCUAAUUAAAUAUAAUGAAGGAACAUAUUAUUAAGGAUAGAUAUAGGGUAGUAAUAAUAAGCAUGGUUAUGGAAUACUUGUAUAAGAUUCAGAAAUUUAUGAAGGUUAUUUUAAAAAUAAUAUUAAGAGUGGUUAUGGUAGAUUAAUAAAAUAAGAUUAUCUUAAAGUAAUUUAUUUUAUAUAUUAUUAAGCAAGGCAUAUGGGAAAAUGACAUUAUAGUAAGUGACCUUGAAAUUAGAGAUUAAAACAUGUAUUAUAAAGGAGCAUGCCAAAAUGAAUUGCCUCAUGGAAAGGGUAUAUUUGAGAAUAAAGAUUAUAAAUAUGAAGGAUAUUUUUAAAGAGGUUUGAAAAGUGGAAGAGGAUAAUUAAAUUUCAAAAAUAAGCUUGAUUAUUAUGACGGUUAAUUUUUAAAUGAUAAAAUGCAUGGAAGAGGAAAAUAUUAUUUUAGCAAUAAAGUUAUAUAUGAAGGAAGUUUUUAAGAUGGUUAGAUAACAGGAAAAGGAGAACUUAAAUAUCCUAAUGGUAGAUUUUAUAGAGGUAUUUAUCUAUUUUAUUUAUUUUAGGUGAUUUUUUAAAUGGAAAAAUGCAUGGAUAGGGAAGUUUAUAAAAUAAUUAAGGAGGAAUAUAUGAAGGUGAAUUUAAAGAUGGUCUUAAACAUGGAUUUGGAAAAACUGUUUAAAAUGGAGUAGAAGUUACAGGAACAUGGAUUAAUGGUAUACUAAAUGAAGAGGAUCAAGAUCAAUGA